GAGUUAUUUGUGAGAAAGACGGCUAAUAGUAAUGCGUUACGUUGACGUGAUGUCAGUUUGUGAAAUUGAAUUGUUUGAAGCCUCAGUGUGAUUAAGUUACAGUGACGUCUCGUAUCUUUUUGUUGUGGCAAAGUUGCGAUAGUUCCUGGAAAGAUAAAGACAAGUGCUGUAUGAAAAUGAAUGUUGACCAACAAAUCCGAGCUGCUGCAGAAGCUUUGUUAACAUCUAGUGCUUCAAGUCCACAACCAACACCACACCUUCAAUACAGCUUCACAUCUCGAGCAGGGCAAUAUGCAACUGAAGACUUGGUUUCAGGCAUGCGGAGAAAUGGCCAUAUGUCUGCUGUUAGGAGGUUCUUCUGCCUCUUUGUCACUUUUGACCUUCUCUUCACGUGUCUUAUGUGGUUGAUCAUUAUUCUGUUGAAUGGAGAUGACAUAGUCUCAGCUUUGUCAAAACAAAUUGUACGUUAUGACAUUCAUACAUCUUUAUUUGACAUAGUGAUGGCUGCAGCUUCCCGGUUUAUAUUUUUGCUGCUCUUCUAUGGCUUCCUUUAUAUCUGCCACUGGUGGGUCAUAGCUCUCACUACAGCUGGGACAUGUGCUUUUCUUAUUGGCAAAGUAUUUCUUUACAGUUGGACAUCAGCAAACCAGCCGGUGUUCCAAGUUCUCCUGGUCCUCAUCUCAUUUGUGCUGUCCUGGGGUGAGGCAUGGUUUUUUGAUUUCCAGGUCUUACCACAUGAACUGCAAGCCAUGGAGUAUAUGCAAGCCUUCUCUUCUUGUCCCGAAUCAGAGAGGGCUCCAUUGUUGAGAAAUUACCUGCAGAAUUUACAUAGGAUAGAUGACUACACAGAGUCCAUUGGAAACUUCUAUUCACCAGUGGACUCACCUCAAAGGAUGCUGGGAUAUUCUGAUGAUGAAGAUACCAGAAUAUCUGGAGCUGGAGGAAGAGGCUCAUUGCAGGAUAUGAAAUACAGGCGGGAAGGUCAAGAGGUCCUGGAAGUUUCUUGGAGAAUGCUGAAUUCUCCAGACUGGAAAUUAGAAAGAGAGACAGCAGAAGGGGAUACUGUGUACAGCAAAAAGAUGCCUCAUGUAGGGAAGGUCUUGAAGCUUACAGGAAUAGUAGAUUUUCCUCCAGAUCAGUUGCUGAAUGAACUAUUCAGUAAUGUUGAAAAUAUUCCAAACUGGAAUCCUUCAAUUCUAGAGGUUCGUACAGUACAGGUAAUAGAUGCACAUACUGAUAUCAACUACCAAGUUGCAAAGGAGGCAGGUGGUGGUAUUGUAUCCAGCAGGGAUUUUGUGAUCUUGCGGCAUUGGGAAAUGAGAGACCAGUGUUACAUAUCAGCAGGAAUUUCAAUAAAACAUCCUAAUGUGCCUCCAGUCAAACAGUAUGUCAGGGGAGACAAUGGUCCUACAUGCUGGGUGAUGCGACCCAUUGCAGGUGAUGAAAACCGAUGUAUUUUCCAGUGGCUUCUGAAUGUCGACUUGAAAGGAUGGUUGCCACACUCUGUUGUUGAAUCAGCACUCACCACAACUAUGCUGGAUCACCUAAGAUACAUGAGAGAGUAUACAGAGAAACUGAAACAGCAGAGGCAAUGCAAAUAGUUUGUAUUUGCAAUUGAUGGCCUUACUGGAUUUGCAGGAAAUAAACAGUAUUGACCUUUAUUAUUAAGGGUUAUGUAUUCAUUCUUAUUUAUUUGAAUGUGUUACUGAAUAUAUCCCUACUUUUUUUUGUUGAAUAUAAAGGUGCUUUGAUUAAGUGUACCAGAGUUUAUGAAGUAAGUUUGAGUGUGGCUGCUCUAAGGUGACAACCGUACAUUAUCUUUGCCUUUUGUCUAUAAGCCCAUGGCUGAAUGUCUUCCUUGAGUCUGAAAUUGCAACACUGCCAUGUUUUCCAUGUCAGCACUGAAUCAUGUUUUAGCAUAUACAGUUUAGGAACAGGGAUUUUAAAUUUUUGGUUACUGUGGCAUUAAUUUGUCUUUUAAAUUUUGAAUGAACUCAUUAUUGUCUGGGAAUAGGAUCUCCUGCUUCUACAUGGCUAUUGGCCAUAUUUUAACUUGGGAGUAAUGGAGUUAAUGUUAAAGAAAUGCAGCACUCAGUCGUUUGGACCAUACACAUAUGCUUCUGCAGCAGUAUGAUGCUUGAUCAGUAAUUAUAUGUAAUGUGACUGAAAGAUGCAUUUUGUAAGGUGGAAUACUAGGCUGUUGCAAACUGAAGAGAGUAUGUGUUUUCCAAGUUGCUGAUUUAAAGACAGCAUACAGUUGCCUUGUUCUUGCAGAUUGGCCUGGAUACAAUUUAUAGACUGCCAACACAAUUAGAAAUAUCCCUCUGCCACACGUCCUCAUUAGUUUCCAGCAGUUCAUAUUUAUCAUUGCAGAAUGUGAUAAUAGCAAACAUCUUAUUACAUUGUCUUUUUUUUAUUUCCAUUGCAGCAGGCAAAAUUUUACUGCAAAAUCUGUACUCAGUUUUCCAGGUUUACUAGUACUGUUGCAUGAUGGGUAACAGUCAUUACCAUAUAUCUUAUAUUUUUGGCAUGUUAUUCAUAUCACUAAGCAUGAAAUAAAUUUUACUGUUUCCCAAUUUAAUUAAUUUGUAUGUAAAUGGUUUUGACAUUGAUUGUAAUAUAUUGACACAUUUUGUUUUGGUAAAUUAUUCUUUUGUUGAAUAUUUUCUCAACUGCUAAGGUUCCUCAUGCUGAGUACACAAGGAGAAUUGUGUGGUUCUUACCUAAGACUUUGGACUUUAAGCAUACUUACAUUAGUUUCUUGUCUAUAUUUUAGAAUGUAUUAUUGCUCCUCGCUUUUCUGUAUUCGAGGUAAUAGGAGACAAGUUUAGAGUCUUUUCUUCACUGGACCAGUAGGGAUUUACUACUAUGAUACAUUUCAGCGAAGUACCCAGUUGUAAAAAAAUGUUGAAAGUACAAGUCAUGAUUUGUAUGUGAUUUUUAUGUCCCUUUCCCCUACUGUUUAA